AUGGUGAUCGACAAUAUGGACCAACGACAUGAGAAUUCAUUGGUCCAGGAAGUCUGUACGGGGCCAAGGACCAAUGAACAUGAGAAGUUAUUGGUCUAUGGGAUUGAUAAAGAACCAGUGACAUGUGAAGUCACUAGUCCAAGUAGUCUAUUUGGCAAUGAGAGGGCCGAACAGGGGGAGAAUUUUAGGAAAAGUAGCAUCAGAUGCAAGGAACACUCUGGAAGGAAGAAAAGAGGAUGUGAAAAAGAAGUAUGCAACGAGGGCAUAGCCUUCAUAGAUGAGGACUUGGGAGGAGUCCAGGUGCCACAUAAUGAUGCCUUAGUCAUAACCCUAUUAAUUGGGGAAUAUGACAUGGAGAGGAUCUUGGUGGACUCAGGAAGCUAUACUAUGAUGCGUUUAAGAAGAGUAGUCUGGCCAAUGGGCAAAGUAACUCUGCCUGUUCGGGCAGGAACAGUGGUGCUGCGAACCGACUUCCUGGUGGUAGAUGUUCCGUCUUCUUAUAAUGCGAUUAUAGUUGUAAUGCGAUUAUAG